CGCCCUCCUCGUCUUCUCAGUUGGAACCGUCCUCUCUCUACCCUCUCCGUCUCCCUCCGUCUUUCUCCCCGCGAAGAAGAACGGGUCCUGCUCUUUCGCCGGGUUCUCGCCGUCCGGUCGUCCGCCGGCGCCCUUCUCUUCUCCCGCUCGAAGCUUUCGGUUUCGUCCUUGCUGACGGGUUGGAGCGAUCGGAUCUGUCGCAACCUGGAGCCACCGGUCGUCGCCGAGAGUUCACGCCCAUUCCGCCGACUGUUCCGUGGGAUUCCCUGGAGUUCCGAGGCUUUUCUCGUUUCCAGAAAUCGCAUCGGAGAUCGGAUUCCGUGCCUUGGUCGAUCGAGGAACUCGGACUUCCGAUGAUCUCUCUCCCUCCGCGGUGCCUGAGAGUUUCCCGUUGAGACGUGCGGAGGCGAUCGAACUGUUUGAUCCCAGUUUGAUAUGUCCUGGACGUCGGAAGCAGGAAUCUGUCGAACGCGGAAGAUUUUGUCUUUCCCUUUGGAUUCUUCACCGUGCCAAUUAAUUGGCUAAAAUAACUCUCGGUCAGUUUGGUCUUUCUAACCGACAACCAUAAUCUCCGCGCAGGUUCGUCGGUUCCCGUUCCUUAAUUUUGGAAUUUCUCCCCAUUUUAAUGGUGUUAAAGCAGAAACCGUUUCUAUAUUAGACUCUGCACAUUGCGUUGCUCCCUUGGUAUUUUUCAAAUUAGUUGUUUUAACUUAAAGACUGGUUGCAGAGGAAAGGAUCUUCUUUUUUGAGCGAUUGGUGAUAUGAUUCUGUUGCAUGUGGGAUGCAAGGCUGCUUGGUCUGUCAAAUAUGGAUUAGUUUAUGGGUGAAUUCAUCAAUGUGGGUUUGUUUAGACAGAGCGAAUGGAUCUAUGUGAAUCCCCUCCAUCAAUACAGAAGCACGCAACCGUGGAGACCCCAAGACCACCCCUGGUUCCUGCAGAAAGGAACAAUGCAGCUGCCGCUGCCGCCACCGCCCGCCGCCCUCGAACAAGGGAAGUUAGCUCAAGGUUCAAGUCACCCACUCUGUCGACCCCUUCGGUUAGGCGUUGCCCAUCUCCAAACCUCACGAGGGCAGCAAGUACGCCGUCUCAAUUGGUGCCGAAGAGAGCCCAGUCAGCAGAGAGGAACCGCCCAUCAACACCAGCCUCACGCUCACGUCCAUCCACGCCCUCGCGUCCAUCCACUCCUUCACGUCCGUCCACACCUGUACAUGAUUUAUCUGUAGAUAUGCAAUUGGCACCUAGAAAAGUUAGCACUGGUAGAUUAGGAGAGAGUCUGUGGCCUUCCACAAUGCGAAGUUUGAGUGUUUCAUUCCAGUCUGAUUCUAUUUCCAUUCCUGUUGCCAAGAAGGAGAAAUCUGUAAGUAGCACGCCGUCGGACCGCACCUUGAGACCCACUUCAAAUGGAGUACACAAGCAAUCUGAAAUGCCAACUAUGGUCCGAAAGCCUAUGCCAGAGAGAAAAAGAAGCCCGCUCAAAGGGAAAAAUUUAUCCAAUCAGUCCGAGAAUUCUAAGCCAAUUGAUGGUACAAAUGCUCGUCUGAUUGAUCAACAUAGAUGGCCGAGUAGAACAGGUGGGAAAGUGUCUUUGAAUGCCUUAAAUAGUAGCUCUGAUCUUCCUGUCAAGGUUACUAGAGGUUCUGCAUCAAUAUCAGGAAAUGGGUUAUCAACAAUUAGGAGGAUGCCUUCUUCUGAUGGGUCGAUGAAACCUCUGCAAAGAUCUACCAGUGAUGCUGAAAGGCGACUGUCAACUGAUGAAUCUGAUAGAGGAGAGGCUGAUGGAAAUUCAUUUGAGGAUGAUUUACUCGUUGGCCCGAAGAGGCUUCUUUUAACAAGUUUAGCUGACAGAGUGACUUCAUCAACUCCUGCAGUUAAAUCUCACUCUUUGCCUAUUCCUGUAUCUCGUCAACCAUCACCGAGUAGGACAUCUAUCACAUCGUCCUCUGUUUCUAGAGGUGCCAGUCCAUCAAAGACAAGGCCGUCAACGCCCCCUUCUAGAGGGAUAAGUCCCUCUCGGAUAAGACCAUCGAAUGUUUGUACUCAACCCAGCAGCUCAACAUCUGUUCUUAGUUUUAUCGUCGAUUUUCGUAAAGGGAAGAAGAGUGCUGGUUUUAUAGAAGAUGCUCAUCAUCUCAGGCUGAUGCAUAAUAGAUAUCUGCAGUGGCGAUUUGCUAAUGCGCGGGCAGAGGCAGUACUUCAUGAUCAGAAAGCAUUAGCAGAGAAGACUUUAUUCAACGUUUGGGUCGCCAUGAUUGAGCUUUGGGAUUCGGUUAUCAUGAAGACUACUAUUCUUCAGCAGAUGCAAAUAGAGCUCAAGCUGAACUCUAUUCUGAAUAAUCAAAUGACCUUCCUCGAUGAAUGGGCUUUGCUUGAGGAAGAUCACAUUAGCUCAUUAGCUGGAGCUGUAGAAGAUUUGGAGGCUAGCACUCUUCGUCUUCCUGUUACUGGAGGAGCAAGAGUAGAUAUGGAAUCCUUGAAAGGUGCUCUUUGCUCUGCUGUUGAUGUGAUGCACGCUACAGGAUCCUCUAUGUAUCCUCUUCUCUCAAAAGUUGAAGAAAUGAAUGAAUUGGUAUCUGAACUAGCUGUUGCAGCAGCACGUGAAAGGGCAAUGCUUGACCAAUGCGAAAAUUUAUUGGCUUCAACUGCUGCUAUGCAGGUAGAGGAAUGCAGCAUCAGGACACAUCUCUUGCAAUUGAAGCAGACGCUGGAGGAAAGGAUCACCCAAUUCCGGCCGUUGAGACUGCCCUCUUCACUGUCCUUAACAUAACACGUUCCUCAGAUCGACUGAGGUCCGUUCUGUGAGUCUAUGCUUGUAUAUUCAUAUCCCACCUUUUUCUCUUUCUUCCUUUAGUUCGAUCUUCUUCUUUUUUUUUCCGGCUUCAUUAGUUUUUUAGGCUUUCAUCUUCUGCGGUGGCGGCACCAGGCCCCACCUUCACAAUGUAAUUUUGGUCCAAACGAUUUGAGCAUAAUUAGGAAAAGCAAUGCAGAGAGAGCAAAGGGAUUGGAAAUUGAUGGUGCUCAAAGCAAAAAAUUUAGUAAUGAGAAAGCGAUGAUUUUGUGUA